AUGGCAACUUCGCCGCGUCAACCGUCCAAGCGCCAAGAUUCCUUCCAGGAGCUCUUGCGACGGCUGGCAGCAGCCCAUGAGGCAGAGCUACAAAGAGCGCGACGGGGUGAGAUCCCCUCCCGAGGCGCAUCUCUCAGAGGAAGUACUCCACGACCGUCGCACCUCUCCGGGUCAUUAUUUCAGUCCCAGGCAUCCUCCAACCCGCCAACGAGUCGAAGUGUGCCCGGCAUGUCCCCGGGGACUCCGCUCUUACAGCCCAGGGAGACCCCGGGCAUCCAGGAGAGUAGCGAUUCCUUGGAGGAGGUGGGUGCGAUGGGUCAGAGCUAUGAGGUGCUGGAGGUCCGUACCUGCUGGGCGGAGAAGCCGCCAAGUGUGCGACUGAAGAGUAUCGUAAGCGUGCAUUCGACGGAGGCCACUGCAUGGAAGAAGGGCGGUGGUCGACCCUCGUGGGACUGUGUUCUCAGUCCCUCCGGGAACUUUCGAAAUGUGUGGGACCUGCUCGGCGUUCUCUGCUUGAUGUGGGAUGUUAUCAUGAUUCCCCUACAGAUGUUUGACUUGGAUUUGGAGCUUCAAGUUGCUUUGGAUUGGUUAUCGCGCCUGGAAAUGAUGUUCUGGGCCAUGGACAUGUUGCUCGCGUUUUUUACCGGCUUCGUCGAUCGCGGAAUCCUGAUCUUGGACCUGCGAAGAAUUCGACAUCAUUACCUUCUCCACUGGUUCGGCAUCGACUUCUCCAUUCUCCUCGCCGACUUUCUCUUGGAGUUCGCCUUCGUGGAGAGCCUCGGGGAGGUGAAGGCCGCAAAGUUCCUGAGACUCAUCAGGCUCCUCCGUAUCAUACGCCUAGGGAAGCUCACCCAUGUCUCCAUCUUCCUCCGGGAUCAGCUUAAGUCACGGGUGGCUUGCAUACAGCUGAACCUCGGCCUCGUGAUUCUCUGCAUCGUCCUCCUUCAGCACGUCGUCGCAUGCUGCUGGCACGGCAUCGCUGCCCUCACAAGCGACUCCUGGCUUGACCAGCACUCCAUGCGGAACCAGCAUGUCUCAUUUCAGUACGCCACGGCCAUGCGCUGGAGCCUUGCUCAGCUGGGGAUCGGCGGCACGGAGAUCGAGGCGGUCUCCUACGCAGAGGCGGUCUACUCCGUGGUCGUGGCCUUCGUCUCCCUGAUCUCCUUUUCCACUGUGAUCAGUUCCAUGACCUCCCUCAUCUCAAGCCUGAAUAAGGCGAAGGUGGAGGAGACGGAUCAGUUUUGGUUGCUCCGCAAGUACCUCCGUGACAAGGACAUCGCAGGGAGCUUGGCCGAGCGCAUCACAGAUUUCUUGCGGUAUGCUUACCACACCCAUGCUACGCAGACUGCCGAUCGCCCUUACAUCCUUCAGCUCUUGUCGAAGCCCUUGCAGGGCGAGUUGAGUUUUCGCAUGUAUCGUGACAGCAUUAUGAAGAUCUCCUUCCUGGCAGAAGUGUCACAGACUGUGGCUGUGCACAACGACAGUGCAUUUCACAAGUUGGCCAGCGAGGCUGUCAGCAUUAUCGACACAGGCCCUGGUGAUGUCGUCUUCUCAACCUAUGGAGAGGCAGAAGCGUCGUACUUGCCCCUGCAAGGCGCCUUGACGUACUUACACGCUCAAGGAAAGCGGGAAACGGAAGGACAGCAGUGGAUUGCGGAGAUGGCCCUGUGGACCAAAUGGCUACAUGUGGGCGACCUUCUCUCCGUGAAUUUCUCGCGCCUCGUCUGCCUGGAUACCCAGGAAUUCUGCAACAGCAUCUUUACCUCUCUGGAGCACCGGAACCGUGCACAUCUCUAUGCGAAGCUCUAUCUGGAGCGGCUCAGGCCUCCGAGGUUUAGGGCGGUGUAG